AUGACGGAAGUGCAAUCGCAGCCGGCGGCGCAGCAGCAGGCGCAGCAGCCAAUGCUCCAGACCCAAAAAGUGUCGGACAUCAUUCGUAGCUUUCGCCCGACCAAGGCAUUCCGGCCUCCAAAGCAGGAUACUGCUAACUAUGUGACCUCGUUGGAUUUCGAUGACCAAGGUGACUACUUGGUGGCUUCCGGCGACGACGACACCAUUCAAGUCUUCGACAUCAAGGAGGGCAAGUCUACGAAAUCAGUUCCUAGCAAGAAGUACGGAGCUCAUCUGGCGAGAUUCACACACCAUUCUCGUCAGGUUCUCCAUGCUAGCACCAAGCUGGACGACUCACUGCGAUUGCUUGACCUACAUAAUGAAGGCUAUGUCAGGUAUUUCUCAGGCCAUACUGACAAGGUCACCUGCUUGGCUUUGUCCCCUGGCGGCGACUCCUUCAUCUCGUGUUCCAAGGACGAUACCAUCGCGCUCUGGGAUCUUGGCUCUAGAAACGCCCAGGGAAGGCUAAAUCUUGCGACACCCUACCUCGUUGCAUUUGAUCCGUCGGCAUCAGUCAUUGCAGUUGCAUCCCAGUCUACAUCUUCCAUCUUGCUGUACGACUACCGCAACUACGACAAGUCUCCAUUCUCCACCUUCGAUCUUGCGCCCCACGAAGAGCGAUACACUCCGUCAACGCGUGGGCGGGCUUGGACCCGGCUUGAAUUCUCGAACGACGGAAAAUACUUGCUUGUGGGGACGGAUUACCAUGGACACUUCAUCCUCGAUGCCUUUGAAGGUUCGUUGAAAGCAUUCUUGGUUGGCAAAGCUGGAUCCCCCGGUCGAGCUGCGCCCAUUUCCACAACUGGCAAGCCCCUCGGACAGGGAGAUGCAUGCUUUUCGCCAGAUGGGCGAUAUGUCAUCGGAGGCUCUGGAGAUCACCCGGACGUCUUGGUAUGGGACCUCCAGCAGACUCCUGAUGCCAACGGCUUUCUGCAGCCCAUGACAAAGCUUUCUCACCGUGGUCGGGUCGCCAUGGUAGAAUACAACCCCCGCUACAACAUGUUGGCAUCCGCCGAUAAAGAGAUUGUGUUCUGGCUCCCGGAGGACAACUCCCGUUCCUCUGAGAAAUAA